AUGUCUUCCGACGAACAGCACAUUGAUGCCGCCCUCGACGGCCUGAACCUCGAAUCAAACAACGAGGACAUCCAGCGUACCGAAGAAGAAUACGCCCAAGCUCAGCUCACCCUCAGAGCUAUCGUCUCCUCUAAGGAAGCAGGCGUCAUCAUUGGAAAACAAGGCGCCAAUGUCGCUGAGCUCAGAGACUCCACUGGAGUCCGUGCCGGUGUCAGCAAGGUCGUCCCCGGUGUCCACGACCGCGUCCUGACCGUCCUCGGUCCUCUUGAGGCCGUCGCUUCCGCCUACGGUCAUGUCGCCGACGGCUUGCUCAAGGGUGUCCCUCAGUUGGGCAUGGGCGGCGUCGCCUCUAACCCCAACACUCACCCCGUCCGUCUCCUGAUCUCCCACAACCAGAUGGGCACCAUCAUUGGUCGCCAGGGCCUCAAGAUCAAGCAAAUCCAGGACGCUUCCGGUGUUCGCAUGGUCGCCCAGAAGGAGAUGCUCCCCCAAUCCACCGAGCGCAUUGUCGAGAUCCAGGGUACUCCCGACGGCAUCCAGAAGGCUGUCUGGGAGAUCGGCAAGUGCCUCGUCGACGACGAACAGCGUGGCUACGGAACCAUCCUCUACAACCCUGCCGUCAGAGUCUCCGGCGGCGAGGGCGCCCCCGCUCGCAACGGCUCUUCCUACCCCCAGGGUGGUCGCUCUUACAACCGCACUGGCAACGGUACCGACUUCAGCGACGCCCCUGCCGCCUACACUCGUCGCGACUCUGCUCCUCGUGGUCCCGCCCCCAUCGCUGCCGAAGAUGACGAAGACAUCCAGACCCAGAACAUCAGCAUUCCCGCUGACAUGGUUGGCUGCAUCAUUGGUCGCGGUGGCAGCAAAAUCUCCGAGAUCCGCAAGAGCUCCGGUGCUCGCAUCUCCAUCGCAAAGGCCCCUCACGACGAAUCUGGCGAGAGAAUGUUCACUAUUACUGGAUCCUCAAGCGCCAACGAGAAGGCCCUUUAUCUGCUUUACGAGAACCUCGAGGCUGAGAAGAUGAGAAGAAGCCAGAUGCCCUCUCAGGAUGCUUAG